AUGAGGAUCCUCGCUCUGCUUCUGGGGGUGAAAGCCGCGUGCAUCCUGCUGGUUUCCUCGCUCUCAGGCACGGGAGCAGUCAACAAUAGCGGCCGGUGGUGGGGGAUUGUGAAUGUGGCCUCCUCUGCCAACCUCCUCACCAACUCCAAGAACGUCCAGUUGGUCCUGGACCCUAGCUUAGCCCUGCUGAGCCGUCGCCAGCGCCGCCUCAUCCGCCAGAACCCGGGGAUCCUCCACGCUAUCGCAGCUGGCUUGCAUACUGCCAUCCAGGAGUGCAAAUGGCAGUUCAGGAACCGCCGCUGGGACUGCCCGACCACCCACAGCCCGGCAAUAUUUGGCAAAAUCGUCAACCGUGGUUGCCGAGAGACGGCGUUUGUGUUUGCGAUCACGAGUGCGGGGGUGACCCAUGCAGUGGCCCGCUCCUGCUCUGAGGGGGCCAUUGAGUCGUGCACCUGUGACUACCGACGCCGGGGGCCUGGGGGCCCUGACUGGCACUGGGGCGGCUGCAGCGACAACGUGGACUUUGGCCGGAUGUUCAGCCGGGAGUUUGUGGACUCCAGCGAGAGAGGAAGGGAUCUCCGAUACCUCAACAACCUACACAACAACGAGGCAGGGAGAAUGACAGUGUCGUCAGAGAUGCGACAGGAGUGUAAAUGCCAUGGCAUGUCAGGGUCAUGCGUCGUGCGUACCUGCUGGAUGCGUCUACCCAGCUUCCGCACCGUGGGGGACUUCCUGAAGGACCGCUUUGACGGAGCCUCCCGGGUCGUCUACGCCAACAAGGGCUCCAACCGCGCCUCUCACCGUGCCGACCCACGCCAUCUCGAACCCGAGAACCCCGCCCACAAACCCCCAUCGUCCAGAGACCUGGUCUACUUCGAGAAGUCGCCCAACUUCUGCUCCUACAACGGCAAGACGGGUACCCACGGUACCUCUGGGAGGAACUGUAACAGCUCGUCUCCGGCGCUGGACGGGUGUGAGCUCCUGUGUUGCGGUAGAGGGUUCAAGACCCAGACGGAGAAGGUCACUGAGAGGUGUCACUGUACGUUCCACUGGUGCUGCCAUGUCAGCUGCCUCAACUGCACCAGCACACAGACGUUACACCAGUGCCUCUGAUCAGGGGUGAACCAGGAGGACAGGGAUGGGGAGGUGAAGAUGAGCUGGUUCUUUGGGCAGGUGGUGUGUAGAUAGAGGAGGAGGGUCCUGUGGGUUGGCGUGGUAGAUAAGGGAAGGGCUAACUCUAUAAAGGGGCAAAUGGAGGGUGAAAGAAAAGUGAAUACCGGGAGUACUAGAUUUGAAUCAAAGCACUAGAUUUGAAUCAAUGUUUCUGAGGAAGAGGGAAGAGAGAAAAGCACAACUAUGACUACAGGGUGUAGAAAGAGGGCGGGUGUGUUGUGUGUGAACAUGUGUGCUUACGUGUGCUUGCUACUGACACUGUGGUAACGUGAGAGUAUGUAAGUGUGCUUACUGGGUAUUUAAAAUGUUGUAGCUAUCCAACCACGUAGAACGGAAUGGAAACCAAUCCUCUCUAUGGCUUCCCAGCACGAGUAACAAGACCAGAGGCAGCUUAGGUAAAAGGAAGUAGUUAAAACAGGAAAUAGAAUUGUGGCAAGGAAUAAGCAAACAAAAUUAGUCAGAGAGACGCUGGGAUUGAAGGCUUUUGCCCUCUCGAACCUUACAAGAUACAGUUAGUCUCUCUGUUCUCUCCACCUCUUCCCUCUACAGCAAGAGAUAGGAGUGUGGGUAGUGGAGAGAGGAGGGAUGGGAGAGGAGGAGAGAGAAGCGAGGGGAAAUGUGAGGAGGGGACAGUUACCGGACAAUGUCAGACAGAUGUCUCUGUGGCGGGAAAAACACAAGCAUGGUCUCUCAUAAACCCGGUGAAGAACUUUAACAAGAGGGUGGUUAUUUUAAACAUCACAGUUUGCUAUGUACUUAGGUCCUGGACGCAAACCAAGCCGUUAUGGUUCCCUGUCGAACUCACCACACAUGCCCUCUUUGUUCAGAUUGCUCUGGAAUCUGCUGCACCUCAACCCGGAGUUACCACAGUGAUUUACUGCGCCACGGUAACUGACGUUAAAUGACUGGACGUUGUAGGAUAACAGAAAAGCGUUCGACAAAAUGUUAUAUCAACCUGGAAUAAAAUCGUAAUAUGUAUAUGAAUAGUUUUAAUGUAGUAUGAAUACACUGAAUAUUGGAGAGUAUAACUAGAUGUAUGUUUUAGUGUAGGAUAUAGGGGCACUGCAAGAGAACUGGGGUGACCUGUCAAAUAGUGAGACCUGCCGUAUGGCAACCCUGUCCAUAAAAUGGGAACCAGUGCCAAAUACUGAUACCUGGAGUCAACCUUGCAAACUAUUCUGUUAGCCUAGGAGGUAUACCUAUGUUGACAAAGACUCAAGACAUUGCCCUGCUGUGGCAACAUGCGACAAGUGUGUAAAAUAAUCCACGAUCUUCCUCUCCAAGUUUACAGUGGACAGACAAAGGUUUUCCCAUUCAAUAUGACCUGCAUCUAGCUGUGUACCAUAAAUUGAGGGGAAAACCUUUAAAGCUGCAAUAUGUCACUUUUUGGGCGACCCAACCAAAUCCACAAAGAAAUUUGAGUUAUAGAUCUGGCAUCCUCAUUGAAAGAAAGUCUAAGAAGCGGUAGAGCUGUUCUAUGUGCACUAUUUCUUUGCUUCCCGUGCUUAUUUUUGCCUCUUUUACUUUUGCAUUUGUACACCAGCUUCAAACAGCUGAAAAUACAAUAUUUUUGGUUAUUUAAAUAUAUUUCACACCGGUUUACAUGGUACAAUGUUUCUCUACACUAUACUUGCUUGCUUUGUGACAUAAACUGAAAUUAGGUGAACUAUUCGAAUUUUAGCAACCAGGAAAUGGCGGAGCGAUUUCUGCAUAGUGCAUCUUUAAUAAUAAGGCCACUACAAAUGGAAAUGUAUUGUAUAUCAGCUCAGAAAACCAAAAUGUAAAUAAUAUAUAUAGAAAUAUAUAUUUAUGCUGAAGUUACUUGCAAUUUGAGGGAAGAAUGAUUUAUGCACCUGUUUAUAAUCUAAUGGAUGGAAGGAGAGAAGACUAUCAUUAGUCAUGUCAGAUCAGGAUUUUAUUGGACUGUUCUUUUGUUUAUUUCCAUUCAUGUAGAUUACGCAGAUUUGUCGAGGGCGGGAAACAGAAUUUGUUAGAAAAUUGGCGAAACAUUCUUCUUUCUUCCCUGCAAAUAAAGGACAAUUCCAUCCACUUUUCAACCUCAUUUUCAAUAUCUCCAGCACAAAUAACAAUGUCUAUGUAUGUGAAAACGGCGAUAUCCUACGUUUUGUAGAAACAAAUAGAGUUUAAAAAGUUCUACCUGAUGGCAUCAUCAAAAGUUUACCAAACACUCCGAGAAUCGUGGUGACGUGGCCAGAAACUCAUAGCAGGUUUUGAAAAUCACUGUUUUUCUUACUUUUAAAUCCUAGCCUGUGAUGUCACACUAUUUAUUUAGGAGCCUACUUCUUGUCUUUUUAAGCAUGGAUCUCAGAAAUGCACUGUUUUCACAUAUGUCGACACUGGUAUGAUGCUGGUGAUAAUGAAUUCCAGGUUGAAAAGUGGCAAAAUUGCCCUUUAACACCUAUUUUUUGUCAUGCACUGAAUAUUACCAUUCUGGUUUAUGUAAAUACAAAAAUAUUUAUUACUGUGGAUGCUUUAUACUGUUAUAGGGAGAGAAGUAAAAGAGUAAAACAAAGAAUUGUAGAUCUUGUUCCUCAAAGAUUUAGCUUUAUGUUGUUUUGUAUUGUAUAAUAGAACAAUAAAGUUUAUAUU